GAUCUCUUAUCUCCAACUUAACCUGGAGCCGGUCAGCUGGUAAACAUGUUACCAUGGUGAUUUACCCGAUAACAAGGGAACGAGCUUCGUAGGACUGAAAACUCUGAAUUAAACCUGAGAAACUCUCCCUUACACUGCGUCACUCUGCUGGAGAGCCGGAGUCUGUGUAGGAACUGGAGAACCUGCUGCUACUCGACGUCGACUAAGGAACAUGAAGGUGCAGCUGAAGAUUCAGCUGCUGAAGUUCUGCUUUGUUCUUUUAAACAGCGUCUUCCUGGUUCUGGGUCUGAGCGUCUCCGGCUGUGGUCUCUGGAUUCUGUUUGACUCAGGAAGCUUCCUGACCGCUGUCUCCUCCGUGGAGCUGCGUACAGUAGCAGUGGGGCUGUUGGUGAUUGGUGGAGUGGUGACGGCUGUCAGUGUCAUUGGAUGUGUUGGAGCUGAUGGAGAGAACAGAGUCCUGCUGCUGAUAUACCUGGGUUUCCUCAUCGUCCUGGUUCUGGCUCAGGUGUUCGUCACACUGCUGCUGCUCAUCAACAGAAACAAGAUUGAAGUGGGUCUGAACACAGCAGUGGAUCACAUCAUGUUUAAGUACAGAGGCAGCAGCGUUCAGGACACACUGAUGGACAGUGUGCAGCAACAUGGGAGGUGCUGCGGCAGGACAGGGCCUGCUGAUUGGCUGAAGAACUCUUACAUUCACAGUCUGAACCUGAGCAUUCCACACGUUCUUCCGUGUUCCUGUUUCACAUCAUAUCAUCGCAGUGUGGACUCGUCCUGGUGCUCGGAGCAGCUCAACUUCACGCAGCCUCCUUUCGGGCGAGGAAACAGUUCGUAUGAUCAGGGAUGUGAGGCGACGCUCAGUGAUUGGCUGCAGGAGAACGCUCUGACGAUCGUGGGUAUGGACGUCAGCCUCAUGUUGAUUCAGGUGCUUCAGGUCGUGGUCGCAGUCGCCCUGUAUCGAGAGUUCGGAAGGAAAUCCUCUUUUGAAAUGAUCCAAUCCUGAUCCUACCGACGGUCUGGACCACAGAGACCCCCUGCUAUCACCAUGACAACGCUGACCGUAUAGGCCCCUCCUACCUGACUCAUCACCCUGACAACUAGGGAAGGGAACAGAUGUAGCUGAUAAUAAAAACAUUUAUUAAA